AUGCUUCGCUUUGACCAGAUCCCACCUCUAGUUCGUGAGGAUAUAACGUGGCAGUCGAGCGAUGAUGGACUCCUGGUAUCUGUUACCUUCCACGACACCAAGACCUCCAGUCGUGAAGAGCGACAGACUCUCUGUGCAGAGGGAAUCUUUUGCAAGAAGACGUGGUGCAUUGCACACUAUUUGGUUAAUGUAUGCCGUGGCAUCACAACUGGAGAGACUGAGCAUAUCUUCCCUAUGUUGAAGGGUUCAACUAUUGGUAGGGAGCUGCGAGCUUUCUUGAUGGCUGGAUUCCCGUCGAAAGUUCUAUCGUGGGACAUUCCGAAUAUCACUGGCCAUAGCAUGAGGCGCUCUGGAGCUUGCGCCUUACUGGCUCGUAAUGUGCCGGCCGAACAAGUCCGUGUAGCGGGUAACUGGCGUUCUCGCGCAUGGGAAGAUUACGGAUUGCCUGAGAUCAAGCGUCAAUGCAGGACUCAUGCAGCGGAGAUUCUCAGUUCCCCAGACGUUGCGCGUUGA